AUAUUUAGUAAUUUUUUUAGAAUAAUCGGAAGCGACGUAUCGAAGAAUUCUUUGGUUUUAAAAAAAGGCGAACGUAUCAAACAUUUCUCUCUUGGAGUUUUAGCCAUGUUAGGAAAAACAAAUAUUUUGGUUUAUAAACGCCCUUCUAUAGGAGUCAUAUCAAUUGGCAAUUAUAUUUGUGAACCUAAAGAAAAACUAGCCCCUGGCAAAAUCAGAGAUGCAAAUAGAUUCACCUUAAUUAAUUUGCUUAAAAAUUACCGUUAUAAAUCAAACGAUUGUGGUAUAGCUAAAGACAAUCCUGAUGCAAUAAAGCAAGCUCUUGAACAAAGUUUUACUCGUAACGAUGUUAUUAUAACGAACAGUUCAAUGGGAGAAGUGGACAUGUUGAAACGGGUCCUCGUUGAGGAUUUUCAAGCUACUAUACAUUUUUCCAGAGUAAACAUGAAACCCGGAAAAUACACGACCUUUGCGACACUUAUGUAUAAUGAAACAUGCGGAUAA